AUGGCCAACAAGUUAACAUGUGAUGACAACAAAAUUUUUGUUAUAUAUUUCAUGUAUUGGGAUUUAAAUGCUAAUGAACCAAAAGUUAUCUUAUUAAAGCUCAAAUAUUUAGCUCAAUAUUCAGGUGUAUCAGUUGCAAAUGCUGUCAUUAAAGCUU